AUGAAACUACAGUUAUCCACCCUCACGGCCGGAUUCUUCUCUAUAGCCAGCCUCGACGCAGCCUCCGCGUCUCAGUGCCGUUGCGUAUAUGGACAGUCCUGCUGGCCGAGCGAUUCCGACUUCUCCCAGCUCCAGUCUCUCCUCUCCCAGCCUCUCCUCUACCCCAAACCCACCGCCUCUCAAUGCUACUCCACGUCAGGCGCAUCGAGUGACUGCAGCGACGUCAUCGCGAACUACACCAACGGCCCCUGGCGUUCGGACAUGGUCGGCAGCAUGGAGGCUCCCAAUUGGGAGUCGUACAUCUUCCAGAAUGGCACCAUCGCGGCUUGCUAUCCAGAGACGAACAUCACGGGUGCAUGUGACCAGGGAAAUGUGCCCGUUAUCGCCGUGGACGCGCGCACGCCUGCGGACAUCCAGGCUGCGGUCAACUUCUCGGUGACGCAUGACCUGCGGAUGGUCGUCAAGAACACUGGACACGACUUCAUUGGGCGAAGUGCCGGACGAGGGGCGCUCAUGGUGUGGACGCACAACAUGAAGAAUAUUACACACGAUGCUGCCUUUGUGCCCGAGCAUCAGGAAAACGACAGCUGCCUUAUCGGGAAAUUAUGCGCCGCUUAG